AUGCCCACAUUCACUUCAGGUGCAUUCGAGGAGCAGAAUGAAGCGGUCAGAUAUUUGGAUGAACUGGUGCGAGAUAUGAGAAAAUUGAAUGCGAUUCAGCGAACAUCACCGCUGUUGUUUCUGCAUGCCAGAUACUUGCUUACCACAGAAAUGGAUCGAAUUUGGACAGUGAUCUACAGAAGAAACUUGUAUCAAUUGAGUCCAUCAUAUUUAACACCACAGAAUUAUUAUCCCAGUCGGCAUUAUAUGAGUGAAGAUGAGAUGAUCACAUUACAAGAAAAAGUUGAAAUUCCGCAGAAGACUGGUUACAAUUACAUUUGUCGAAUUUUGGGUCCUCGAGGUAAGACCGUACGAAGACUUGAAGCCGAGACCGGAUGUCAUAUUCUGAUACGAGGAGAGGGCUCGUUGAAGAAUCGUCGACGUGAAUUACGCUUGAAGAAGUAUGCUGGCUGGGAGCAUCUCACCGAACCGCUGCAUGUUCUCGUGAUAGCAUUCGACAAGGAUCUACGAAACUGUGAACUGAAAUUAAAUUCUGGUAUUGCCGCAGUGAGUGCACUGAUCAAUCCUACCAUUGCGUCAAAGGCACCCAAACAAUUGCUUCACUUAUCGAACAUUAAACCGGUCGUUUCAAGUCGAGAUGAUCCGGAGGAGGAUAGUUGUUGA